AUAUCUGCAGUGGAAGAUUUGAAUUUCGGCUGGUGGCAGGAGAUGAGACAACCGCGUUCCUUUAUGCACACAUUUGGUUUCAUUGACACGUUAACCACAGGAGCAGGGGCAAAGGCCAGAAGGUGUGGGGUUUGUAUGAGUGGGGACAAAGGAACUUUUUCUUAAAGAAAAAAGCAUCUGUACUGCACAGACUUUCCACGAUUCCACACCCACCCUGAAAGCCCCUUCUCACCACAGGAAGUACGCUGACCACUGGAGGAAUAAAGGGGCUGCUAAGAGCAGCCGUUCCUCACCUUCUCCUCACACAGCUCAGCAGGACCUCAGCCAUGAGACCUCUCCUCCUGGCACUGCUUGGGAUCUGCUUUCUCACUGAAUUCAUUGUGGAAGGUGUGGGGAGUGAAGUCCUAGAAAGGAGCAUCUGCGUGAGUCUAACGACCAAGAGACUGCCAGUUAAAAACAUCAAGACCUACACCAUCAAGGAGGGCUCCAUGAAAGCAGUAAUAUUUAUCACCAGACGUGGUCUUAAAGUCUGUGCUGAUCCGCAAGCUGACUGGGUGAAAAAAGCAGUAGAGAGUGUGGACAAGUCUACCAGGAGAAACACGAAACAGACCCAGCCUACAGGAGCCCAACAUUCCACUAAUACAGCUGUGACCCUGACUACAUAGUGGCCUUCGGGCCGGUUUCCUCACUAGCCAGCCAGCUCAUUUUCCUUCAUAAACUCCUGGACUAAUUAGAUUAUAUUCACUUUUUAUAAAAGUGCUGCAUGAGCCAACUUAUUUUCUUGUAUUUUUAUUUUUCGUGUCUUUCAUAUUCAUUUAGAUACUAUAAUUAAUAAAUAUUUAUUA